AUGGCAUUUCCUCCAUUUACCGACUAUCAAGAAGCAUUCUCCUCCCAAUUACCGCCAUCUAUUUACAGUGGCCCCUCUGCGCAUACCAGGGGUGCCACCAGGGCUCAGCCCCCCUCAUGUUGUCAAGAAGCAUUCUCCUCCCCAUUACUGCCAUCUAUUUACAGUGGCCCCUCCGCACAUACCAGGGGUGCCACCAGGGCUCAGCCCCCCCCUCAUAUUGCUCCUCCUAGCCAUCCAUUCACUGAUCCACAAAUUGAUCCUCGCCUGCUAGCACCCGCUGCUCCCAUUCCUGCCGCUGCUCCUGUUCCUUCUGCCACUGCCGCUGCUCCCGUUCAUUCUGCCGCUGCUCCCAUUCCUUCUGCUCCUUCCACUGCUCCCGUUCCUUCUGCUGCUCCCACCCCUCCCGCUCCUUCUGCUCCUGCUUUUCCCGCUGCUCCUGCUCUUGCGCCCUAUUUUUGA